AUGCUAGCCCCUACUGAUGGGAUCAGAGCUGUCCCUCGGUCUACUGCUAUUGAUGGCAUUGUCGAGGGGGUAGAGGCUAAGACUGCUCAGAUGCUGGCUAUUGAAUCCAGCGGUCUGGGUAACGGGGCUGCCGCGCCUUUUGUACACUUCAUACCUGUUGUUGAUUAUGAGGCCCAUCGUAUCCAUCCUAGUGCUAUUAAAGCUGAUAAACUAUCUAGGAAGUACACAAGUAAACUACCACAUCUACCAAAGGGACAGAGUAAUGUAGCCGCAGCUAUAGCAGCCGCACCCAGGCCAUCAGCUGAGGAAAAUAGGGCCCUAACUCGUCUUGUCCGUCUCCCUGUUAUCUCUCAGCCUCUCACUCUUGGCCAGAAACAUAUUCUCCUGAGGUACUGUUGGGGUUUGAGUAAGCAACCAGAAGCAUUAGAACGAGUAAUGCAGGCGGUUGAUUGGAAUGAUGUCGAGGAACUAGAAGAGGCUCAAGCACUCCUAGAUGCUUGGGCACCAUUGGGAUUCGAUGAUGCACUAUGUUUGCUAACCCCAACUCCAUCUCCAGUGGAGACUCCUGGGGCUGUGGCUAUUCUGAGGCCACCACCACCUCCUGUAUGGUAUUAUGCAGUAUCACGUCUAGAGGCUACAUCUACUGAUGAUGCUAUCUUAUCCCUUUAUCUACUACAGCUAACUCUUGCACUGAGAUACGAGAAGCCUUCGAUGGCACCGUCACUCGCCACCAGUGAUGGCGGUCAGCAACCUCAGCAGCAUAUUCGUGAGGACCAGGAUUCAAGUGGAGGGACCAGUACUGGUGGUGGAGGAGGAGGAUUCGGUAGGAGGCCACUAGCACAGUUCCUUGUUCGAAGGGCAACGAAGUCUUUGCCUAUUGCUACAACUCUAUUUUGGAUGUUGCAGGCUGAGAGACGUACACCAUCUACUAGCAGUGCAUCCACGGCUGCGCCUCCGGUCGUCCAACGGAGCACCACCCCUAUGUUGGUAAAUGCUAAUACCUCUUCACUACACGUUGCUCGCGAUGCUACCACUGUACCAGCAGAGGCGGGUGAUGGUCUGUCCUCUGGAGGCGAGGCGAGCAAUGGGCCUCCUUCCAGUGGUGGCUCUGUCGUCAAUGACCACAGAGGAGGAGAAGGGCUCCUACCAUCUUCACCAGACACCUCACCGAUUGUUGGAGAUACCUCACCAUCCUCAGCAGCAGGUGGCAACGGUGCUCAGGAGGGCCGACCUGUUGAUGUGAGGCCUUCACUAGGGAACACAUCCUUCGGUGCUGGUGAUGUGUCGGAGCAGGAGAUGGAUCCAGACUUGGCUGGCUUCGUCCGCCCUGAGGUUCCUUCCUCAGCUGCAGCAGCAGCAGCUGGUCAGAAUAUCGACAUAUUCAGUCUCACUGCUCAGCAUCUUUGGCGUGAGUUGGGUCGAAGUGAGACACAGAACCCACAAGGUCCGAGGAUACGUGAGGCGAUAGAGGCCCAGUGCGCGUUGAGACAACGCUUGCUUGAUGUGGCUAGAGCUGUUAAACAUGCUGGACGGUCACGUGACUCGAUUGAUCGACGUAAUGCCCGACUGAGGGAAGCUCUCCAGGGCACAUUCACUGCAUCGGGAGAUCCCAGUGCAACAGGCAAUAAUAACGGCAUAUUGACCUGUGAGGUUAAACCGACAGGACCGGACUACCUUGCUGCUACGAGUAGGAGCUCGUCCAGCGGCACUGAGUUGGUGAGACAUCAACGUUGGAGACAACAACAACAGCAGCAACAACAACAGGUUGGGAAAGAUAUAAGACAGUACAUGUUCAAGGUGGGGGAUGAUCUUCGACAAGACCAGCUCAUAUUACAACUGAUAACGGUUAUGGACACUCUGUUCAAGAAGUAUGGUCUAGAUCUUCGCCUUACCCCUUAUAAGGUUGUGGCGCUAUCACCCCGUGAUGGUAUGAUUGAAUUCGUUUCAAAGAGCAAAACACUGAGCUCAGCACUACGAGAGAACGGCAACAACCUCAUGACGUAUUUCAAGCAUUGCGCCAAGGCAAGUAAUGGAGCUCAAGGCACUGAGUCGACCAGACUGAAGGAGAUUCUGGAAACAUUCUCGCGGAGCUGCGCUGGGUACUGUGUCAUAACGUAUGUGUUGGGUAUUGGUGACAGACAUCUGGAUAAUCUCAUGGUAGACGAUGUGGGUCAUAUGUUCCACGUUGACUUUGGGUAUAUAUUUGGUCGAGACCCUAAGCCCCUACCACCACCUAUGAAGCUAUGUAAGGAGAUGGUUGAAGGUAUGGGUGGGCAGAACUCUGAGUAUUUUAGGCUAUUCCGGCAAUAUUGCUACUCAGCUUAUCGCAUACUGAGAAUGAAUUCAAAGCUUAUAUUGAGUCUAGUAGGCCUAGUCCAAGGAGCUAAUAUAAAGGAUCUCGUCGAACAGGAUCCACAGAUGGUAUUAUCUAGGAUGGAACAGAAGUUGGCUCCUGAGAUAUCCGAAGAGGAGGCAGAGUCCCGCUUCCUAGGCCUUAUUAAUGAUUCAACUAAUGCACUAUUCCCUGUUGUUAUGGAAAAGCUUCAUCAAUGGGCUCUCUAUUGGUCGUAG